CACGGGUUAACAUUAUCAAUGACAUGCCAGUAUAAAUCAUCAAUAUCUUACCACGAGGAGGCUAACAAGAUCUACCGAGCAAUUUACGGUGAGCAUCAUUUCAAAGUAGCGGCAAGUUAUGAAAAAUUGGGAAAUGCUUAUCUCGGCCUUGGACAGUACAAUGAGGCAAAAGAAUACCACGAGAAGGCACUGAUCAUCAGGAAAAAAAUUUUUUCCGAGGAACAUGCUGACGUCGCAGCAAGCUAUAACAACUUGGGAGUUGUUUAUCAAGAUCUUGGACAGUACAAUGAAGCAAAAGAAUACUACGAAAAGGCACUGAUCAUCAGGAAAAAGAUUUUCGGCGGGGAACAUGCUGACGUCGCAGCAAGCUAUAACAACCUGGGAGUUACUUAUGGUAAUCUUGGACAGUACAAUGAAGCAAAAGAAUACUACAAAAAGGCACUGAUCAUCACGAAAAAGAUUUUCGGCGAGGAACAUGCUAAAGUCGCAACAAGCUAUAACAACUUGGGAGUUACUUAUGGCAAUCUUGGACAGUACAAUGGAGCAAAAGAAUACGACGAAAAGGCACUGAUCAUCAGGAAAAAGAUUUUCGGCGAGGAACAUGCUGACGUCGCAGCAAGCUAUAACAACUUGGGAGCUGUUUAUCGCAAUCUUGGACAAUACAAUGAAGCAAAAGAAUACUACGAAAAGGCACUGAUCAUCAGGAAAAAGAUUUUCGGCGAGGAACAUGCUGACGUCGCAACAAGCUAUAACAACUUGGGAGUUGUUUAUAUCGAUCUUGGACAGUACAAUGAAGCAAAAAAAUACUACGAAAAGGCACUGAUCGUCAAGAAAAAGAUUUUCGGCGAGGAACAUGCUGACGUCGCAACAAGCUAUCACAACUUGGGAGUUAUUUUCGGCGAGGAACAUGCUAAAGUCGCAGCAAGCUAUAACAACUUGGGAGUUGUUUAUCAAGAUCUUGGACGGUACAAUGAAGCAAAAGAAUACUACGGAAAGGCAGUGAUCAUCAGGAAAAAGAUUUUCGGCGACGAACAUGCUGACGUCGCAGCGAGCUAUAAGAAUUAG